GCUCCCGGCUCUGACGCCCGCCGUCGGGAUGGAGUCGCGGAUCUUCACCCUACUACUCGUCCUCCGUCUCCCGGCUCUGCUCCCCGGCGCGUCCAUCCCACCCGGGACGCCCGGCUAUCCAAAACCGUCCGCUCCACCGUCCGGCAGCGCGGAGACAGGGACUCAGAGCUUGAAUGUGGAGGCUCCAGAACUCAUUCCAGGGGACGUGUCAGAUGGAUCCACACAGCAGGAAGAGUGUCCCCCUCUGGGGCUGGAGUCACUGAGGGUGGAGGACACACAGCUGACAGCCUCCAGCUACCUGAGGGAGGGGCUCGGACCCCACCGGGGGAGGCUCAACAUUCAGGCUGGGAUCUAUGAGGAGGAUUAUUACGAUGGAGCUUGGUGUGCUGCUCACAAGGACACGGAGCAGUGGCUGCAGCUCGAUGCCCGGAGGCUGAUCAAGUUCACUGGAGUCGUCACCCAGGGCCGGAAUUCGAUCUGGAGUUGGGACUGGGUCACUUCCUACAAACUGCUCUUCAGUAAUGACACCUACAGUUGGACAGUCCACCACAACGGCAGCACUGACACCGUUUUCACAGCAAAUUCAGAUCCUGAGACGCCGGUGGGCGUUUUCCUGUCGGAGCCAGUUGUGGCUCGUUACAUACGCAUCAACCCGCACUCCUGGUUCCCCAAUGGCACCGUCUGUCUACGGGCUGAGGUCCUGGGCUGUGCUCUGACCGGCUGGACCAACACAUUGGUCGUGGAGCAGGAAACCUCGGACCAGCUCGACUUCAGGCAUCACAGCUAUGAGCAGCUGAGGGAGGUAAUGCGGCGAGUCCGUAAGGAGUGUCCGGACAUCAGCCGCUCCUACAGCAUUGGCCGGAGUGUCCGGGGCCGGAAGCUCUACGUCAUGGAAAUCUCCGAUAACCCUGGGGUGCACGAGCUCGGGGAGCCAGAGUUCCGGUACGUGGCGGGAAUGCAUGGGAAUGAGGUGCUGGGUCGGGAACUGCUCAUUCUCCUGAUGGAAUUCCUCUGCAAGGAAUAUCGGCGGAAAAAUCCCCGGGUGCGCCAGCUUGUCGACAGCACACGGAUUCACCUGCUCCCCUCGAUGAAUCCCGAUGGACAUGAAAUGGCCCACAAGAUGGGCUCCGAGCUGGCUGGUUGGGCCUACGGACGCUGGAACAUGCAAGGCUUUGACCUGAACCAUAACUUCGCCAGCCUGAACUCCAUUUUUUGGGCAUCUGAGGAAGCACAGACGAAUUCCAGACAUGUCCGCAACCAUUUCAUUCCCAUUCCCGAAUACUACAGAUCACCGAAUGCCACAGUUGCGCCGGAGACGUGGGCUGUCAUUAACUGGAUGAAGAAGAUCCCAUUUGUGCUGAGUGCAAAUCUGCACGGAGGGGACAUGGUAGUCAGUUACCCGUUCGAUCAAUGCCGCGAGGCAGGCAGUGACCACGAACCCAGCCCGACCCCCGAUGAGGAAGUCUUCCGUUGGCUCUCCUUUGCCUUCGCCUCCAGCCACCGGGGCAUGGCUGAGUACAACCGCCGCAUCUGUCACGGGGACGACUUCAUGCAACACAACAACAUCAUCAACGGCGCCCACUGGCACACCAUGGUUGGCAGUAUGAAUGAUUUCAGUUACCUUCACACCAACUGCUUUGAGGUGACAGUGGAGCUGAGCUGUGACAAGUUCCCCCACCACAGCCAACUGCCCAGAGAAUGGGAGAAUAGCCGGGAGUCCCUCCUCUUGUACAUGGAGCAGGUUCACCGGGGUAUAAAGGGUGUGGUGAAGGAUCACCAGGGCAACGGGAUUGGCGGAGCCAUCAUCAGCGUGGACGGCAUAAACCACGACAUUCGGACAGCUGCUGACGGUGACUACUGGCGACUGUUGAACCCCGGCCGUUACGAGGUGACAGUGAGAGCGGGGGGGUUCAUCACAUCCACCCAGUCCUGCUCCGUCAGUUAUGACAGACGGCCGACCAUCUGUGACUUCCAGCUGAGCCGCCGGCCCACGGGUGGGCGUGCACCCAGGGGGAGGGGGACUGUGCGCAGGAGGUCCCGGGUGCAUUGAGCCCCACCCACACAGGGCAGCUGGACUGUCCUGUGACCGCAGCAACCAUCUCCCCUGAAGCAAGAAGUCCCAAACCUUGGAUCCUGGUGCUCAGAGACAGGGGAGGCCCAUUCUGCCCAUUGAACCAGCCAUGGGCUAGGAGGUGCCUCUGACAUUAAAGAUCUGAGAUUGUUUAAGGUACUUUCCUAUACACAAGUGUAAGGAGAACAAAAUAAUAAAUAUCAAUACAUACAACAACCUAUAUACAUGGAUUGAUUG